UGGAAUCAGUUUCAGGUCGAACGUGAAUCGUGGAGCACGCCAAAUGAACGUCCGGAAUUGUUUGCCGAUUGGAUUCUGGAUCUGUUUGCUGAUCUCGUUGGCGGUCGCCGAUGAGGAUGCGGAUGUGAAUACCCCUGCCGAUGAGGAGAGCCCAUCGAGAAUCGUGCUGGUUUCCAGUCUAGAGGGUCAUUGCCAAACGGAGGGCAAGGUGACCAGCUGCAGGGGCUUCAACUUCGAGAGUGAGGAUGAGAAGGCCACUUUUGAUCUGCCCACGGAGGUGAGAAUCGCCGAGGAUGGCACCACCUACGAGGUGGGCGAUGAAGAACCCUCCAGAUCUCUGAUCUUUGAGAACUGCUCGUUUACCAACUUUCCCCUGAGACUUUUCUACACCCUGGAGGUCAGUGAAUUGGAUAUGCGAAGCUGCGGCAUCCGAUUCGUUUACUGGGAGAACUUCUCCAUCGGUGCUGAUAAGUUGGUGAUCCUUCUGCUAAGUGACAAUGCUAUAGAGAUGCUGCCCAUGAGAACCUUCAGAGGAGCAGGCAAUCUGGAGUUCCUCUUCCUGAAUCGCAAUAGGCUAAGGAAAAUAAAUGCCGGUGCCUUUGAGAAUCUGAAAAAGUUGCAGUAUCUGGAUUUGACAGGAAAUCAACUGGAGGAUCUACCAAGGGAUAUAUUCGCGGAACUGAAAAGCCUGAGGCACGUGGGCCUGGCCGAAAACCAACUGACCAUUAUUGAAAGCGAUCUAUUUGCCCAAAAUCCGGGACUCCUUUCGGUGGCCAUGCAAAACAAUCGACUGCAGGAGGUGGGCGAGUACGCCUUUCGCUCGAAGGGACGGGAUCACCAGAUGCAGUAUGUAGAUCUAUCGCAUAACCCGGGGCUAAAAGUGCUGCUGCUGAAUAUUAAUGCCACCAAUCUGACCGUUCGCAAUUGUUCGCUGGACCGUGUCAAUUUGUAUGGCUCGGUGACGAAUGUCGAUCUGAGCGAUAAUCGCGUGCGGGAGCUGUACUUUCCCGCCUCGGAGGCCCUGGAGCAUUUGGUGCUGCGCAACAAUUCGCUGGUUCAGUUGGCCUCCUUGAGCCGGGUUCCCAGGCUGCGGCACUUGGAUGUGGCGGAUAAUCCGGACUUGGGUCAAUUGCCCGAAGGUUGGCAAACGCCGCACUUGGAAAUGCUGGUCCUGCGAAACACUGGACAAGUGGAAGUGCCACUGGAGGCUCUGCAGGGUAUGCAAAACCUGCGAAAACUGGACAUUUCCGGCAAUAAUCUCACGGAAAUCGAUCCCUCAUCUUUUCCCACACUCACGCAACUAACUCACUUCUAUAUCCAUGGCAACAAUUGGAACUGCUUCAGUCUGCGACUCGUAAUGGAUGUACUUAUCCGAGGUAAUGGCAUUACCUAUACCGUGGAUGACUACGAUCCGAAUUUCCCGGGGGAAUAUUUCCAUGGCAUCGCCUGCAUGUAUCGUCUGUCCGAGAAGGAGUCACUGGACUCUAGCUCCUCCGCGGAAAUCUCAGCCAGUGUGGAAGCCUCGCCAAAGCCAAGCAAUUCGGAUCCCAGCGAAGUGGAAAAACUGCGGCAGGAACUCAAAUCGGUGGUUCAGCACUUUGAGGCCAAGUUCGAUAUGAUCUUUAGUCAACUCGCUCAGCUCAAUGAGCAAAUGCAGGCCUUUGAAGUUCUAAACAAAACUAUUUGGAGUCAGGUCACUCUGUCUGUUUAAUUGAUUUUAAUUUAAUUAUUGUCCUUUAAUUGUGAUCAAUACAUUUUGUAAUCUUUGCAUUUAAAA